CUUAGGCCUUAGGGGUCUGCUAGUAGGCGACUGCUUCCCUGAGUUUGGACACAUCGGUUCCUGACGAAGUGGCUUGACUCAGGCAUAGUCAGAAUAACGGUAUCAUCUAUCGACGAGGAUAAGUGAUGUUCUGGCUAUGCUCGGUAUGAUUCUGCAGCGGCUCCCCUACAGGUCUUAGGCUGGCAAAUACACUUUGCCGUGAUUUUUCGCCAGGUUCUCUAUAAACUUCAGCCAGCUCAUUUCGUGUCGUGUGGCACUGUCUGCUAAUCUUCCCGGGAUGCCCUCUCACAGUAAAUGCCACUGUGCUUUUUAACCGUGAUGAUCACGGAACGACCAACGGAGUUCAGCAGUACGUUCAUAUCAAUCAAAAUUCCAUAUUCCUACGCUCCCUUCGUGUACUCACAAGUUGGAACAUCCGAGGCCUGAUGAGUCUUUUCCAGUGAUCCACAGCAAUUCCGAGUCGAUGGACCUCAGGGCUUCGUGCUGGAAUUUGUGACGCAGGGUUACUCCAUUUUUGACAGAUGAACCCUAUCCUACAUAUCUGCAACAGGAAUGGCGAUAACUCCGUGACUGCCAUGGAUAUUAGGAUAGGGACCUACAGCCUCCAAUCGUCCAGUUUCAUUAUCUCUGCCCGGUCAGAUUCGUUGGUAGCCGCUGUUACGGUUCGAACGCGAAAUUUUCGAUCAAUGCGUCCCGAAGCACAUUCCACCUUCCACAUGGCUCGUAUUGGGGCUUUCGGUGGUGUCCUCUGAUACUCUCUCGUAAACCCGGCAGAAUUACGCUCUCAGGCUUUGUGGAUGAAACUUCAGGAUCGUUCGAUUGAACGAGUUUGAAUAUCUCUUAUUCUGCAAGUCAUAAUUUUCGACGGAGCGUGGUGCAUGGAACUGCGAAGUCACUUUGGCAAGAGCACGGUAUUCUGCGCGUUUCUUCUGGUGGUCCUGAUCAUGAGACGCCCGGGAUGUCCAGAAAACAGCUCAAAGUAUUUACAUAAAGGACCGCAUGAUUUUUUAGCGCCAGCAUCGUCUCCAUUUCCAUCGAUUAGAGGCAAAAUAACAUCGAGCGCUUUGGCAGUGGGCGGCUUUGCGCACAGACACCAUUGAAACAUACGCCUCAUGCCUGAUCCCUGAGAGUCCAAGCUUUUACAGGGCAGUUAACAGUUACGACUCAUAACCUCGCCCAUGCGAAAAGAAAACGAACAAAACAUCCUGAAACAAAGCGCCGGUUGCACAAGCUCUCGUACCGAUUCUCCUUAUUCAACAGCAUAUUCGGAACAUGAACAAGGAAAGCUGAUAGCAGGCGGGUAACAGUGAUACGUGAAUUCAGUCCGGAUGCACCGAUCUACAAGGGCUCGAAAUUUAUGGAUUCCCGCCAGUUUGUCCAGCAUAUCGAAUCAAUUGCCGGACGUUACGGAGCUCGCUACCAGUUCCCUAGAAUCUCGCUCGUAUGGUGAUUGACCAUGCACAUGAGUCAAUGACUCUCCCUCAUCCAGGCAUCAAUCUGUUGGGAAUGGAGCCCAUCCCUAAAGCUAGCUGAAAAAAUCUAACGUGAAUCAGGACCCAUUGGCUAUUUAUUGGGGCCUCCCGGUCGCUCAAAGCCAUAAAAAAACUCCUUUAUACAAUCCGAGACACAUCUUACUCUCUCCAACCCUUUACGUGCUUGAAGAUGACUGCGAAUGGUGCUACUCAUCACAGAAAUCGACUCAACAAAUACGCUCAGGCCACUGGUACCCGUGUCGAAUACAGGGAUUCCUCCACCGGCCCUGCACAAGCUCCUACCUGGACCUCGAGCGUCUUCUUAAAUGGUUUCCAUCACGGUACAGGUCAAGGUGGUACCAUCAACGCGUCGCGGGAACAGGCUGCUCUCGCUGCCCUGACCGUUCUCUCCCAACAGUGAAGUGGUCGUCCAUCUGUCCUCGAGAAUUUCGAGGUGUGAAAUGGCUACUACACCACCGGCCCAGCCGAAAUUCCAUGUUUGGCAGUUCUGACUCCUGAGUCCUGAGUAUGCACCCUAGAGUACAUGGCGCAGUUCGACCGUAGAUUUUUUAUUUAAUCUAUCACCCAUAAUUCGGUGC